AUGCAUACCCAGUUUCUUAUUAGUGUUUAUUUUCCUAGUUCCUUCUUAGAACCCCAACUCAUACCAAGCUCCUACAACCUGAUAAAGAAUUUGGCUGCAGUGAAUAUCACAGUGAAGCGCCUAGCUUUUGUGACUGCACUGCUUUCUGCAAUUCUUCAAGACAGUUUUUUUGCCAUUAGAAUAAAUAUUCACAGUGUCUCUGUUAAUGUUAACCUCCUAAAAACAUGGUUGGCUGGACUUGCCCGCAUGUGUCUGUCAAUGUCAGCGUCAGAGUGCCAAGAUAUUUUUAGAGCGCUACCAGGUAAACAUGCUCAUCUGGAAUGCCACGGGACAGAACAGAGGUUGUACAGCUGCAUGGUGAUACUGGAGAUGUCUGGACCUGUCAAUGGUUGUUUCCUGAAAAAACUUCUGAAGCAAAUUAUUGACAGAGACAAUUAUAUAACAAAUGAAAAGCCACUUACACGCAUGGUGGUUUGUGGUCCUCCUGGUUUGGCAGUCCGUACUCUGUUGGGGUCCAACCUGACCUGGGUUGAAAGUGACCUGCUGAUGUCAGACGUCUGCCAACCUGACCCCCACUUCUGCUUAAAUGUGAGGGAAAGGAGAGCCUUGCUGUACUUCUGACUGACAGCUGCCCUCUGGAAACCAUGCAAAGCACAACUAUGCCUUCCACUCCAAACAAACACCUUCUCUCUACAUCUUCUGAAGCUUUUACAUCAUCUGUGAC